AUUGGUAUCUUUCACAGUAAUCCUUAUUCAAUCUUCAGCAGUAGCACUGCGUAGACUCAACGAAAUCAUUAUCACGUGAUCCGUAUAUCCUCCGCAGCGCCAGGAAAAAAAUACCCGCGCCGCAACACCAACAGGCCAGGCAUUUCCCAGCAGCCAACUCCAGCUUUCAUCUGCGGUGCACCUCACCAGUCAGCCUCCACCUACCUUGCUCUACACACAAUGCCGCCCGUCACAAUCCCCCAAUUCCUCCUCCCCCGGGGCGCUCCCUCCCCGCUCAGCCUCCGCGCCUUCAGCCGGCGAACCACCUAUCGCAUCACCAGCAGCACCACCCAGCGAUGCGCCUCCGAUGACAGCAAACCCCGCGUGCUGUCUAAGCCCGACAAGUUCCGUCCUCCAUCUCACCCCGCGCGCCGGGUCGUCCAAACCCGCAAUGGGAAGGUUGUCAACAGCGGUCCCAUCAACUACCCGGGGCCGAAGCUCAGCGAGAAGGAAAAGGAAGAGCAGAAGAACAGGCAGUACCCGAACAUGUUCCCGCCUGAGGGGACAGUCAUGCACAAGUUCUUGACGAAUCGGUGGAUUCAUAUUUGGAUUGCGAUGGGUGUACUGACCUCCCUGGCUACUUUCACAUUUACCACGAACUUCAAGCACUCGUCGCCAUUCGCUCAUUUGCUGCCGCCGUGGUCCGCGCUGCUGUCGCACCCCAUUGAUACUGUUCGGCAGGCCAUCUCGGUGUUUCGGAUGCAUGUGCAGCACAACUCGAUCGAGACGAGGGAGAAGCGUCGCAGACGGGUGGACGAUGCUGAGAAGAGACGGCAGUAUCGGGUUGCUCAUGGGUUGGAGGAGCCUAAUGAGAAGGAUGCUGCUGGUGUUGAUGGAAAGGGGGAGGUGGCUGUGGAUGACCAGUCUCCUGUGGCUAAGGAGCAGCAGGGUGAGGAUGAUAAGAAUGUGUAUGUUGAUUGGGAGGGUAACAAGCGGCCUGUCAAGAAGUGGUUGGGGAUUUGGUGAGGGCGUCAUCUGGAGACUUUAUAGUUAGAGGCAUUACGUCGACAUCGUCAAGCAUUGUAUAUUAGCCUUUGUUCUCUUUUCAUGUAUUAUUUGUUUGGACAGGUCUAGUCAUGUGCUUGGUCAUAGCAAUGUUUGUUAGUUUAUAUGUUCUACUGCAUUCAUCUGACGCAAGCCCUAUUAGCGGCACAUCUUCCUGCAAGUGCCUGAAAUUAUCCAACCGGAAGUCUGCAGUGAAAAGAAAACAACAAUACUGAGAUUUCAGAGAAAUAGUUCCCGUCGCCAUAUAGCAUGAGCUUUCACUCUUUCAAGACAUUGCAGGUGCAUGGUGUUUUACAUUGGUUCCUUGGAGCUUUGCUGUGUCAUUUCAUGAGCACUGCAAAAGGGUCAAAAUGCUUCAAUACUUCUGCUGUAUAUACUGCACCAUCAAAGCAUCAGCAAGCUUCCUAGAAAACAC